ACGAAAGAAUUAAAGAAUACACUAAAACUGGCAAAAUGAAACAUCCUUCAUACCUUUUGAUUUUCAAUAUGAUGGACGGAACUGAAAAUGAUCUAAUUUUUAACUUCACGAAAGUUACGAAUGAAACAAACCUGAGAAGAGGAAUUAAAGAUCAAGAAGAAUUGGAUGAAGAGAAAAAAGAGGAAAAUGGUAAAAACAAUAAUGCAAAUAAAGGUGGAUUGGUUUAUGAUAAUUUCUAUGAAGAAGGUGAAGACUUAAUAGUCACUUAA